GAAUAAGUCUCUUGCAAAGAAAUGGUAAUAGGAUAUGAUUAGGAGCAACGCUGUCGGUUCCCUUCUGAUGUUUUUGUGCAUUGCACAAGUUCACUCCUCUGCACAAUUACAAGGCACUCUACGCAGGGAAUCACUAAAGGAUGAACUUGGAGAAUGUCCUAAAGGCAUGUGGACAAUUGCUUCCAUUAACGAGGAUCCAGGCAUAUGGCGUGGUAACACUCUGGUUGAAUUUCAUUUACCAGCUCCCAAUAAGAUUGCUAUAAGAUAUGAGGUAAUUUUUGCUUGUGAAGGGAUCGCUAUCAACGGAACAGGACAGCAUAUAUUAAGAGUUAAAAAGGAUCAAAAGAAGGCAGCACAAUUUCGCCUACACCUCCCUGUGCCCAAGGAUACGGAAGAGCUUUAUCACUAUGGAGAAGAUCUCAGCCACACUUGCACAUUUGAGCUAAAAGAUAUUUCAAAGCACUCAGGCUCACAUAAAACGCCUAGUGUUAUCACCCAAUGCAACCUGAGAGUGAGAACAUAUGAAAAUAGGAUUCUCCCAACCUGCAAUUACGAGAAGAGCAAGCAACUAAUAGAGGAAAUUGAAGUAUCUAAAGAGCAAGGACAAGUACAGAUUUACUUCAAACACUCAGCAAACGAUGUAGUUACUGCCGACCAUGAUUGUUAUCGACACAAUGUACUGGGCCACAACAAAACUAUGACUAUGAAAGCUGAAGUGUUUCCAUUACCUCCACCUGGCACUCACAACACUGCCAUGCUAGUGACGUUCUAUCCCCUUUGUGAUUUGUACAACAACACUGUGAGGGAGUUCUUUUCUCACCAACGUAUGGAAGAUUGUCACUUGGAAAUAUUCUCCAUGUGCCAAGAGGGAAUGAUUUCAAUUAACGAAAUGAAGAUUGAUUUUGAUGAUGAUGCUAUGCUUUGCCAUCCACCUAAGCCAUCCUACAUAAAAGCCCUAGAGAGCGUGGAGCUGAAAUUCAGGAUCGAAAGUCUGCCAAUAGCUGGGCUUCUGUUUCUACUCAUCGUUAAUGGAGGACUGUACCUAGUGAUUACACCAUUUGCAAUUGUAAAGUGUGUGAGGUAUGCACUCAAUAAAUUGAGAAGGUUGGAAAAGAAACGAGUAAAAAGCAAGGAGAGAAAACAACGAAAACCAGACACCAAGGCCCCAGACUCAACAGAGUACAAUGAAAUGGAGCUAUCACUAUUCGACAAACUUAGUGUCGACGAUCUCAGACAGACUCCUGCCAAGGAAACCAUCAUCACUCAAGUGGAAGUACAUUUUGAUGCAGAGGUGGUAGACAAACAACCAAGACUGGAGCCAGUGAAAGAUGGCCAUGGUAACUCAAAACGUAGAAAGUCUGUUAAGAAACGAAAGCAUUCAGAAGACCAUGAACAUGAUCAUAAGAAAAGAACAAGCAAGAAACAUAAGGGAUCUGAACAAAAUGCCAUUACACAAGAUUCGCCAUCCAACCACCAACCCUUAUCAACUGCACCACCCCCGUCCAUAACAACUGCACCUCCACCUCCUCCACCUCCUCCACCCCUACCAAGUGCUGCAACCGCAACCAUUUCAACUGCUCCACCCCCACCCCCACCCCUACCAACUGCUCCAACUGCUCUUACCCCGACCAUACCAAGUGCACCCCCACCCCUACCAAGUGCUGCAAUCCCAACCAUACCAACUGCUCCAACCCCACUGGUACCCCUACCAACUGCUCUUACCCCAACCAUACCAACUCCACCUCCACCUCCACCCCUACCAAGCGCUGCAACAACACCAACCACACCACCACCUCCAACCCCACCCCUACCGACCAUACCACCACCUCCAACCCCAACCAUACCAACUCCACCUCCACCUCCACCCCUACCAAGCGCUGCAACAACACCAACCAUACCACCACUUCCAACUCCAACCAUACCAACUACGUCUCCACCUCCACCCCCACCCCCACCAAGUCCACCGCCACUCCCACCAAGUGCACCUCCACCUUCUCGUAACAACGAUUGA